AUGAAAAACGUGCAUUCUUUUUCUCAAUGUUCAAUCAACAUUCAACGAGGGAGAGACCACGGAAUUCCUGGAUAUAUUGCUUGGCGUAGUUUAUGUAAUUUGCCACAUGUCAAAGACUUUGCUGAUUUAAACACAACAAUUAGUAAUGAAAUUGUGAGGGAAAACUUGAAAAUUUUGUAUAAAAAAGUUGAAUUGAUUGAUAUGUAUGUUGGUGCUCUUUUAGAGGAUCCUAUUGAAGGGGCACUUAUUGGUGGGUUUUUUAGUUUGAUCAUUAGUGUCGUGACACUAAUAACGAAAACAAGCAAUAACUUGAGAAUUUUGGAAAGCCAAGACAAAACGUAA